AUGGCCGGCAACUCGUUCCCCGGAGUGCAUCCGCUUGCGCCCCUCAGCAUCGACGAGACAAACAUUGCCCGGGAUGUCAUCAGAGCCGCCCACCCCAACAGCGUUCUCCAAUUCCGGGUCAUAUAUGUCCAAGAACCGGCCAAGUCGGAACUGACCAAGUUUCUGGCCCUGGAGCACGCGGGCAGCCUCACCGCCGAUAGUCCCAGACCCCGCCGUCUGGCCCGCGUGCACUACGAUGUUGUGCACAACAAGGAGACGCCUCCCGAGUCUAUCGAGGCUAUUGUCGAUGUCGAGACUAGAGAAUGUGUCUCUUCCGAAAUUGUGAAAGUUGGGGUCCACCCCAGCUUUACCAUGCACGAGCUGCAGGAGAUGGCCAGGAUAUGUCAAGCCUCGCCUCUGUUCCAAUCCAAGGUCAAGGAGCUCGCGCUUCCCGAGGGCUUCGAGGUCGUUGUCGAGCCCUGGCCUUACGGCGGCCUGGAUCCCGCCGACGAGAACAGGCGGUAUUUCCAAGCCCUCAUCUUUGCAUUCGACACGAGGAGCAAGAACCCGGACAGCAAUUUCUACACGUAUCCGCUGCCCCUGAUUCCCGUCGUCGACUGGCUGAAGCAGGAGGUCAUCCGCGUCGACGAGCUGGCCACUGGCGGCGCAGGCGACCCGUACACUGUCGAAAAGGGAUCCAAGCGAAAGGCCGGGGUCAUCGACCACUGCCGGCCCUCAGAAUACGUGCCCGAGCUGACCGAGUCCACCAUGCGGACGGAUCUCCAAGAGCUCAACGUCGUGCAGCCGAACGGCCCGAGCUUCUCCGUGCGCGACGAGAGCCUGAUCGAGUGGCAGAAGUGGCGCAUGCGCGUCAGCUUCAACCCUCGCGAGGGCGCCGUCGUGCACGACGUGUGGUAUGAUGGCCGCAGCGUGCUGUACCGCCUGUCGAUGAGCGACAUGACGGUGCCCUACGCGGACCCUCGCCCGCCCUUCCACCGCAAGCAGGCGUUUGACUUUGGCGAUGGCGGCGUCGGUCACUGUGCCAACAACUUGCAGCUUGGAUGCGAUUGCCUGGGUGUUAUCAAGUACUUCGACGGAGUUCUCAAUGGAGCCGACGGCACCGCGCACAAGGCACCCAACGUGAUCUGCCUCCACGAGCAGGACAACGGCAUCGGCUGGAAGCACACCAACUGGCGGACCGGCCGGGCCGUCGUCACCCGCCGCCGCGAGCUGGUCAUCCAGUUCAUCCUCACCGUCGCCAACUACGAAUACGUCUUCAACUACAUCUUCGACCAGGCAGGCGCCAUCACCGUCGAGGUCCGCGCCACGGGCAUCGUCUCGGCCGUCAACAUCGACCCGGGCAAGACGGCGCCCUGGGGCAACAUCGUGUCGCCCGGCGUCCUGGCCCAGAACCACCAGCACCUGUUCUGCGUGCGCAUCGACCCGGCCAUCGACGGCCACGCCAACACCCUCGUGCAGCAGGAGUCCCUGCCGCUGCGCUUCGACGUCCGCACCAACCCGCAGGGCAACGCCUACCGCGUCGAGGACACCCCGAUCACGGCCUCGGGCGGGCUCGACGCCGCGCCCCACCGCGGCCGCGUCUUCAAGGUGCAGAACCUCGACGUGCGCAACCCCGUCAGCGGCAAGCCCGUCGGCUACAAGAUCGUCGCGCCGCCGACGCAGCUGCUGCUCGCCGACGAGGGCAGCGUCCAGGCCAAGCGGGCGCUCUUCACCAAGCACCACCUCUGGGUCACCAAGCACCGCGACGACGAGCUGUACGGCGGCGGCCGGUACACGCUGCAGAGCACGCUCGAGGUGGAGGGCGUGGCGGACGCGGCGGCGCGCAACGACGACGUGCUGCAGCAGGAUGUCGUGCUGUGGAGCGUGUUUGGCCUGACGCACAACCCGCGUGUCGAGGACUGGCCUGUGAUGCCCGUCGAGAUCGUCCAGCUCCACAUUGCGCCCGUCGACUUCUUCACGGCGAACCCUGCUAUCGACGUUCCUGCCAGCAAGAACAUGGCGUCCAAGCUUGCCUAUUCAAAUGGUGCCAACGGGGAGGAUUCGUCAUGUUGUUCAAAGGACCUGCCUGUUCGGGGAGUCCCGGUGUAA